GUGUCAGAAAGAAGCAGAAAAUGGAUUCUGAUUGGCAUUCCUUUUCUUCUUGAUUUCUUCUUGGAUUGCCAAAAACCCAUCAUCAAAUCAUCAAUCAAACUGAGAGAAUGGUGGUGCUCGUGGUUUCUACAACUAUCGAUCCAGCGUCGACUGGCCCAGCCUCCGCUCUACUGGCCAUGUCCGGCUGGCAACCUGGAAUCACCUUCGAGGGGAUAAAAAGCUUUUCAAAUGGUGAUGUUAGACUUUUACAGCACGAAAACAGCAUAAUAAAAGAGGAUCAUUUGGAAAAUCGUUGGGAAAAUAUCUCUGGUGAGACCGUCGACGAACUCAUCUUCCUCAGUCGACACACCGCCGUCUCCAAUCGUCCUGCCCUCACUUUACAUCCAAUUGGUGUUCCACAUUUAAAGGAUGGGGAUAAACCUCCACAGGGAGGGAGACCCGGCUGGGCAGCCCCACCAAAUCCUAGGAUAGCUUCAUGGCUGAAGCUGUUGAAGAAAAUCUCAGAUUCCCAUGGCCUAAUUCCUGAGUUCGAGAUAACCUUGGAGGCUACGCACCAUGGCCCGGAGACAAAUAAGCCUGCUAUGUUUGUUGAGAUUGGCAGUACAGAAGAGCACUGGGGAAGGGAAGAUGCAGCUCGUGUUAUUGCUCAAUUACUUUGGGAAGGGCUUGGACUCGGAGGAGGAACUCCUAUUGGAAAUUGGAGCAGAAGGAAUACUGAUAAGAACAAAGUUCUUCUUGGUAUAGGGGGCGGCCACUACGUUCCUCGUCAUAUGGAUAUCAUUUUAAAAGAUGAUGUUUGGGUGGGCCAUCUUCUAUCUGGAUACUCGUUGCCAAUGGAAGACCCAACAGGAAAAGAUACAAAAGAUGUUGGUGGAACCUGGAAACAAGCCAUAAAGGCUUCGUACGAUGCCACGAGGACAGCCUUCCCGGGUGGAAACAUCAUGGCACAUCUUGAUCAUAAGAGUUUCAAAGGAUGGCAGAAAAAUGCUAUUACAUCUUAUUUAAGUGAAGAGAAGAUAAUGAUUGGCAAGCCAAAUGAUUUCAGCUAAGCCUAUAUCUCUUACCCUUUGAAAUUUACAAUAUAUCUGCAAAACAGAAUCAGUUUUAACUUUAUGAUUAUUCAUUUCUGAUUCAUCUGUCAAGAAAUCUGGAGAUACAAGAUUUUUGUUUGGGGGUUGAUCAUG